ACUCUCGGACUUUUAUUACAAAGGUUUUAGCUGGAUUUAUUAAACUUUGACAAACUGCAACUUUUUCGAAACAAACCACUGUGCGCCGAUAGACUUCUAAAAAUAAAAUCAACUACUAAAUUUAUGUUGUUUAACCAUAUUUAUUGUUUGCUACCACACGAAAGAAAAAAUCAAAAUUAAGGGUUCUCGUGAUUAUCUAAUAUUCAAGUAGGCUCCGUAGAAGCAAACAUUAAACAUUUCCUACAACGCAAAAGAAAGAAGCAACAAAAAACAACAACAAUAACAGCAAUAACAGCUGUUGACCAUCAGUCAAAAACGAUUAAAACGAACGCAUUCAUAAUUAUCGAUACCAUAUAAGCGAAGAGUUGAGAAAGGGAGAAGCACGAGAAAAAAGGGAAAAGCGAAAAAAACACAAAGAAGAAAAGGGUGUUGCCUAGGCCUACAGCCCCAAAUCGGAGACGUUGGUGUGAGGAUUUGGAAAAAUGUCCGUAAGACUUUUGACAGUGCGACUGGUCAAACAUGGUCGCUAUAUUUUGCGCAGCUAUUGUAAACGCGACAUACAUACCAACAUUUUGGAACAAAACCAAUUAAAAACAAGAAGCAAGCGAGGCGUUCCCCUAACUUCCUCCUCGUUCAAUGUCAUCAAGAAUGCCCCUCAACAGGUAGCACGAUCAGCUCCUAGCCCUGGGCAAACGGUGUUAGCUCCCCGAUCAGCUGCCACAAACAAUCUCUUUCGAUUCGGUCAGCAUGCCCGUAAACUAUUCAUUGACAACAUAUUAAAUCGUGUUACCACCAACUAUUCGGAGGAUUUGCGUCAACGAGCCACUCGCAAGCUGUUCUAUGGGGAUUCGGCACCGUUUUUUGCUCUAAUCGGAGUUAGCUUGGCCUCGGGAGCUGGUGUCCUUAGCAAAGACGAUGAACUAGAAGGCGUUUGCUGGGAAAUACGAGAAGCUGCCAGUCGCUUGCAGUCGAAUUGGAGUCGAGAUGAAAUUUCCGAAAACUUAAACAGCAACUUCACCGUAGAUAAUCUAGAUGUCGGCCCAGCCAUAGCCAAGGGAUGUGCUGCUGUCGUUUAUGCAGCCAAUUUCAAGCGGGAAGAGGGCUAUAAUCAAUUGGAAGUACCACCUCCAUCAUCCGCGCUUGAAGAAACAUCUUCACCAGAUGUGGAGAGUGUGGCUUUUCCUAUGAUGUCACCAUUGCAGAAUAUGUCGCGAUUUGUACAUAAUUUUGGAGGCUCCGCAGAUAAUAUCUAUAGAUAUUCACAAUUUACGGCAGCCAGUGAUGAUUUCGUAGAGUCGGAGCGACUUAAGAAAGAGCAUGUGCGAGAGGAAUCAGUUCCCAGACCCAGACUUGAGCCGUCCAGUUUAAACCGCUACCCGUUGGCCCUGAAAAUGAUGUUCAACUACGAUAUCCAAAGCAAUGCCUUAUCCAUACUUCGGGCCAUGUACAAAGAGACAGUACCUGCCCGACAGCGUCGCAUGAAUCUGGCCUCUGAGGAAUGGGAGCGAUUGCUUCAACAUCAAACCCUGUCAUUGCCCACUCAUCCAAAUAUUGUCUGCAUGUUUGGUUUCUUUUGUGACGAAGUACGUAAUUUUCCUGAUGGUCAUCUACUUUAUCCAAUUGCCCAGCCCGAGAGAAUCAAUCCUGAGGGUUUAGGCCGCAAUAUGUCGUUGUACUUGCUGAUGAAACGCUAUGACCAUAGCCUGCGUGGCCUUUUGGAAAGUUCUCAUAAACUGAACACCCGAUCCAAAAUUUUGCUCUGGGCCCAAAUGCUGGAGGCUGUGACACAUCUAAGCCGCCACGGUGUUGCCCACCGGGAUCUUAAGUCGGAUAAUGUCUUAAUUGAAAUGCCUGAAGAUAAUUCUACGCCAGUUUUGGUACUAUCAGACUUUGGCUGCUGCCUGGCGGAUAAAACGCACGGCUUGAGAUUGCCUUAUGUGAGCCAUGACAUAGAUAAGGGUGGAAAUGUUGCCCUAAUGGCUCCAGAGAUCAUCAAUAUGCAACCAGGACCAUUUGCUGUCCUUAAUUACAGCAAAGCUGAUCUGUGGGCCUGCGGGGCAAUGGCCUAUGAAAUCUUUGGCAUGCAGAAUCCCUUUUAUUCGUCUGGCGGUGGUGCCUUGGCCCAAAAGCAGGGUGCGCUCACUUAUUCGCUUAAAAAUAGCGACUACAGACAAGAGCAACUACCACUAUUAAAUGAUACCUGUCCACCACUUGUGCAGCAGUUGGUCUACAAUAUACUUAAUCCGAAUCCCUCGAAACGUGUUAGCCCCGAUAUUGCAGCCAAUGUAAUGCAAUUGUUUUUGUGGGCCCCGUCCAAUUGGCUAAGGGCAGGCGGCAUGCCCAACAGUGCCGAGAUUCUUCAAUGGCUUUUGUCCCUAACUACCAAAAUUAUGUGCGAGGGACGUCCCCAAUUUGGUCAGAAAAUGUCAGAAGCGCCGGUUGGCCGUCGUCCCUAUGUGGAAUAUUUGUUAAUUUGUAGUUUCCUGGCUAGAGCUCGCUUGCGACGCAUUCGUGGUGCUCUCAACUGGAUUCAGAACGUUGUCGCUGCGUGAAGAGAGCCAAACAGAACGGCAGAGCCCAAUCAGCCGAAGGAUAUGAUUGUUAUUUGAAAUUCAAAAGAAGAGAGUCGAGAUAAUGGGGAAAAGCGUGUGAUAAAACUAUAUAUUUUACAUACAUAUAUAUUUAUAAACAUUUCAAAAUUAA